AUGGGGUUUCCAAGUACAUUUGAUGAUGCCUUAUUAUUUGUUCUGUCAGUUCUUUUCAGGGAGAUCUUCAUCUGGCAACUGUUAAGGCUGGUGCUAACCUACAAUUUCACUGACUGUGACUUUGAGAAGAUUAAAAUGGACUAUCGGGGAGUCAUUUUGAUAGACCUGAACUCAUAUAUGAUUGGGGCCCAAAGUACCAAGGGCAACGACUGGCUUUUCUGUGACGACCAGUUUAGAGCGAUAGAGUCUCUCUCGCGACUGAGCGGGAUUCCGGAAGAGGCUACUUUGUAUCCCACCCCCUCGGAGGGAAGGCAAAUCCGGAACUGGGAUCACGGCAUGACGUCAGUGGCACACACCCCACACUCGGGGGGUGCGGUGCCUAAGCGCGCGGCGCCUCCUCUUAGCAGUCGCCCGGGUCCCGAGUCUUGGGCGGAGAGAGCAGCGGUGCGGGUCCUCUCUCCUGCCGCGUCCUCUGCUCCUCUUGCGACGCCCCUCCUUCCCGUCCCUCCUAUCAACUCUCUCUUCUCUUUCUGUUCCCCACCCCCACCCCCGCCGUUUUUUCCUUUUCUGGUAAAAUUCGCCGCCUGUGAGCAGCCGGAUUGCCUCACUAAAAUCGAGCACCUUACCUUCCAUCCCACCCACGGCUGCCAGUCACUCGCCGAGGAAAUCUUUGCAAUGAAUACUAACGCGACCCUCACUCACCGGUGCCCAGGCUACUCCGGAAUUCAGAUAAAUAAUAAUACCUCAGCAAUGGAGAAAGGAAAGGAAAGAGAAGACAUAAAAAAUGAAUGCCAGAAAAUCGUCUCAAAAUUAAUAGGGCUGUGGCGUCGUUUCACUCGCUUUAAUAGAAACAAAAACCUUCAUUGAAGUCCUAUUUCACAGCAGCAAAAUCAAUCAUCUUUAUUAGGUAGACGGAAUGCUAACUCUAACUGUGACAUACAAAAAAAUCACCGAUAGUUAUUUUUUAAUUACAGACAGGUUUCAUAACUUAUUUUUGUAAGCUUUUAUUGUUUAAUGUUGUUUUAUCAGAGAGGUACUGUCCCUCAUAUGUUGGGGGAGACUUGUGUAGCAUUGAUGUCUGGGCCACUGGAUUUGUGACAGUAAUUCUCAGCUGGAAUUAUAUAAGCCUUAUUCAAGGGAAGAAUCUAAAAAUGUAGUAGGAAAAUUUUAUCCCUUGAAAAAGGAAAAAUAAUUGAACUCCAUAGCAUAUAAACCUCUGUUUAAAAGGCAGGCAUUUCUUUCACCUGUACUGACACUUCCGGUGUUCUCAUAUUAAAAAUUUACAAGAGAAGGAGAUAAAAGCACAAAGGUGUGCACAAAAAUGAAGCAAUCUGAAAGAAUUUCCAUGCAAAAUAUUGUGAAAGUAUUUUUUUAAAUUAUGUAACAGACAAGUGGUGUAUGCAA